AUGGAACAGGUAACUGAAACCAUCAGAAGGUGUCCACUGCUGUGGAAUACAGAUUUGGAGAAGUGUAGGGACAGCAAUUUAAAGGACACAGCAUGGGGUGAAAUAGCAGAGCAACUGGGACAAAAUAAGGCGAAUUUGAAAGAGGAAUGGAGGAAAUUACGUGACCACCACCACCAAGCUCUCUUCCAGAAGAAGAUCAAGUCAGGCCAGUCAGCUACAAAAUUCAAGCCAUGGAAAUAUGAACAACAAAUGGAAUUCCUCGUUACAACAGUGAAACAUAGGAAGUGUGACACUAAUAUCCCUCCAAUGGACCAAAGUGUUGUUGGGGGAACAGUCCCUGACUGCGACCGUCCUCUCACUCCAGGAGAUGAAAGCAUUACUGAUAUAGAGGAGAAUGAAGAGACUUGUCCCCUUCCCUCUACUAAUGCGUCAACACCAGGUGAAUCCCGUAACCAUCACCACAGGCAUAUGGACAAAUUAAUUAAUUAUUUGCAAGAAAAACCGAGCACCAAAAGACGUGCACCAAAAGCUGAUGACUUGGACUUAUUUUUUGCCAGAAACACCAGAGACAAGAAGAGAAUCGCUGCCCUCUCUCUGCGUCCUGCCGUGACGUCAGCACCAGGAGGCAGACUGGGAGGCGGCUGGGGGUGGUCUGCUUGGUUCCUCUGGGCGCCGUCGGCGGUCAGGGAGCGCCAGCGGCGCCAGCAUGUAAACAAAACAUAUCAGGGCUAA